AAUAACACUACGAUACGAGGUUAUAUUUUGCGGAUGUAAUUUAUUAUUUUUUUCGGUAAAUACAUACUUUAUAGUGAAUAAAAAUGAAGAUUUUCACUAACGAUAACAAUACGGCUACUCUUAAAUUGCUCGUUGCAGCAAAUCUAGCUGAUAAAAAGAUAGAACUAAAGAAAGCUUCUUUCGAAGACAAUUUUGCAGCACCAAAAUCGCUUCCCAUCCUGCAAGUUGAUGAAUUGACAUUCUUCUCAAGUAAUGCGGCUACACAGUACUUAUUUCCUGUAGUUGGGUUGAGUGAGACUCGACAAUGUCUGCAAAUACAGGAAUGGGAAGCAACAAGGUUGCAACCUACUAUAGCAAAUGUGUUGUCGAGUAAAACUGUACCGGUCGACUUAAAGCAAGUCUUGCAGACGUUACUACAAACGAUUGAUUCAAUGUUGGCUAAGCAUAAAUAUAUUUUAGGGGAUAAGCUUUCAGCUGCAGAUAUUUCAAUAUGGAGCACAUUAUAUCCAUUGAAUUAUAAUGAAGAGCUGAGGAACAGUUACAUGUCUGAAUAUUUGAAUAUAAAACGAUGGACUGGUGAAUUAAAUAAUGCCAAAGCUUUUACAGAAGCAUUGAAACAGUGGCCUGGCUCUCAAAAUGGUCCAUUUGCGCAACUCUCAGCUCUUGGUAUACCACAGAUAAGCAGUAUACCAUCACCUGUUGGAACCCCAGAUGAAACUCAAGCGGUUGUAACUCAGGAUGAGAUUGAGUCGGCCAAACAGAACUGGAUUAAUGGUGUCGAGAAUUUACAAAAACCGUUGAAACAGGAGAAAGUAGUAUUACCAAUAAAAGGGCAAAAGAAUAUAUUGAUAACAUCAGCACUACCGUACGUAAAUAAUAUACCACAUCUUGGGAACAUUAUUGGCUGUGUCCUCUCCGCUGACAUAUUCGCUCGGUACUGUCGUAUGUGUGACUAUAAUACCUUGUAUGUGUGCGGAACGGAUGAGUACGGAACUGCUACGGAGACAAAAGCGUUAGAAGAAGGCUUGACCCCGCGGCAGAUAUGUGACAAAUAUUACGAGAUCCACAACUCGGUGUAUCGCUGGUUUAAUAUCGGUUUCGACUAUUUUGGUCGCACCAGCACCCCAGAGCAGACACAAAUAGUACAAGAGCUAUUUAUGAAGUUGCACGACAAUGGCUUCAUAAGUCCGCAGUCCGUAGAGCAGCUGUUCUGUGAGAACUGCCAGAGGUUUCUGGCCGACAGGUUUGUGGAAGGCACUUGUCCGUUUCCCACGUGUCGUUACGACAAUGCACGCGGUGACCAAUGUGACCAGUGCGGGAAGCUGAUCAAUGCGAUCGAGCUGCUCGAGCCCCGGUGCAAAGUGUGCUCGCACAGACCCACUGUCCGGCCGUCUGAACAGCUCUUCAUAGAGUUGGACCAGUUGGAAGGGUCUGUUCGGACGUGGCUCCAAGGGGUGGAGGCUGGUUGGUCAGGAGGUGCACGAGCUGUCAGCCGGGCUUGGCUGAGAGAUCGGCUCCGACCACGAGCUGUCACCAGGGACCUGCACUGGGGCGUGCCGGUGCCCUUGGAGAAGUACACCAAGAAGGUAUUCUACGUGUGGUUCGAUGCUCCGUUUGGCUACGUCAGCAUAACGCAGUGCGCCACCAAGAACUACGAGAAGUGGUGGAAGCCGGAUAAGGAGGUCGAUGUGAAACUGUAUCAAUUCAUGGCGAAGGACAACGUUCCGUUCCACGCGAUAAUGUUUCCAGCGAGUGCGAUCGGCAUCAACGAAAAUAUCAAACUUGUCGACCACAUAUUUGCAACUGAAUACCUCAAUUACGAAGACAGUAAAUUUUCUAAGUCACGUGGCGUUGGUGUUUUUGGUACUGAUGCGCAGGAGACGGGAAUACCCUCAGACGUAUGGCGGUUCUACCUGGCGAGUAUUCGACCGGAGACUUCAGAUUCUAGUUUCAAUUGGACUGAACUUUGUACAAGGAAUAACUCUGAGCUGCUGAACAAUCUGGGUAACUUCUGUCAUCGCUCGCUGAGUUUCUGUGCCAACACGUUCAAGGGGAAACUGCCCGAGGCGACCCUCACCCACAACGAUUAUGAACUGAUCUCGCUCGUCAACAGAGAAGUUGUUGCCUACGUUCAGCAUAUGGAGAAGGGUCGUCUCCGAGAAGCGCUACGUCACGUGCUCAGCGUAUCCCGACUGGGAAACCAACACAUGCAGACUGAGCAGCCCUGGGUGCUUCUCAAAGGCUCCGACGGGGACAAGAUUCGCGGCGCUACGGCCAUAAGUUUGUGCUGUCAAUUAGCAGCGUUAUUGUGUGCGCUGAUAUCACCGUACAUGCCCGACACGAGCCGGAAAUUGAAAGAACAACUCAACUUGAAGCAAGAUCUGAGGAUAAAUCCUAUUAAUCCGUCGCUCAUACAGUACAUCCCUGCUGGACACGUGAUCGGAAAACCGGAGCCGCUGUUCGCCAAGAUAGAGCCGGAACUGGCGGACAAGAUGAGAGCCAAGUUCGCUGGCACGCAGAGCGAGAGAGAGAUAAGGAACGCUAACGAUUCGAAGACAAAGUCACCGGGCGUCGCUGAAAUUGAAAAGGCAAUCGCCGAACAAGGUGAAAAAGUGCGACAACUAAAGGCGUCGACUAAGGACAAGUCGGUCUGGCAACCGGAAGUGAACAAACUGUUGGAGCUUAAGAAGCAACUGGCGGGUGCGCAGGCGCAGACCGGAAGUGUAGGUGACGUCACCGCUCUGGAAAAAGCGAUUGCUGAACAGGGUGGGAAAGUGCGUCAACUAAAGGCGUCGACUAAGGACAAGGCGGUCUGGCAACCGGAAGUGAACAAACUGUUGGAGCUUAAGAAGCAACUGGCGGGUGCGCAGGCGCAGACCGGAAGUGCUGUCAAACCUCCAACCGCAAAUAAUGUGAAACAGGAGACGAGAAACGCGGACGUUAUAGAGGACCUUACGAAAGCAAUCGCGGAACAAGGUGAAAAAGUUCGUAAGCUGAAAGCGUCGACGAAAGACAAGUCAGUUUGGCAACCGGAAGUGGACAAGUUGUUAGAUCUCAAAAAGAUAAUGGCUACGGCGCAACUGGCAACACCGGCGCCGAGCGAUAGCGUUGCCAGUCUUGAAAAAGCUGUCGCUGAACAGGGCGAGAAAGUCCGACAGUUAAAGGCUUCUACGAAAGACAAAUCAGUGUGGCAACCGGAAGUAAAUGUAUUACUCGAUCUCAAGAAACGUCUCGCCCAAGCUCAAGCUAAUAAGUAAUUCAAUGCGUCCAUAGCUGGCUAAAACUGGUUCUAGAAAAAUCGCUGAUAAAUAUUUAAUAGCAAAUUAAAUUUGUAACCUACAUUUAUGAUCGAAGCGGGGCUCAAACCCGCGCCUUUCGGAUUCCGUCCGAGUGCUCUUAAUAACUGUGCCAACCGUCGGAAUGACGCAUCGAUCGUAAACCUUGGUAUGUUUUGUUCAAGUCUCAAUUGUUUGGAUUUGAAAGAGCGACAUCUUAAGUCAAUUUUCUAAUAGGCAAUUAUUGGGGAUGAGCAGGUAUCAAAGUAGAUCCUGUAGAUGGAGCCACAACCGGUGAGUUGAACAAGACAUACCAAGAUAUACAAUCCAUGCGUCACUCGAACGGUUGGCUCAGUUGGUAAGAGCGCUCAGACGGAACCCGGAGAGGUCGUGGUUUCAAGUCCCGCAUAGCUCAAAAAUAUUGGUUACAAAUUUAAUUAGUAUAAUUAAUCUUAGAAUUGAGGGAUGUCAUUUUAUAAAUCGCAAAUUGUUUGUUUUUAAAAGCAAGUUCUCUCGAAAACAAUUUCAAAUAUUUGAACAAUUAAAUGUUCAUCCUAUGACAUGCAUGCAGGACAUGCAAAACACGCUGCAUUUGCUGCUACAUUUUGCUUGGCUAUUUCUCAAUGUAUGUAGUUCAAAAAAUUGUAAACAUUCUUUGUGCAAUGAAUUUGAACUGUAUCAAGUAUUUCUAUAAAUGUGUUCAUAUAAUAUUAUUAUUUAUUCUAAGGACAAGGUAUCAAUAAAUAGUUUUGUAAAUC